UCGAUCUUUUUUGUUGUUUUUUCUUGGGUUGGGUUUUUUGCAAUAGAUUAGACAAUCUUUGAUUCGAAGAUGCAGCAGCAGCAGCAGCAGAGGCUUCUGAAGCAGCAGCACGCGAUGAUGCAGCAGUCGCUCUACCAUCACGGUCUUCUUGCUGCUCCUCAGAUAGAGCCUAUCUUGAGCGGAAAUCUACCACCUGGGUUUGACUCGGCUACAUGCCGCAGCGUAUAUGUUGGAAACAUCCACCCCCAGGUCACAGAACCCCUUCUUCAAGAGGUUUUCUCAAGCACUGGUCCUAUUGAAGGAUGCAAGCUUAUUAGAAAAGAGAAGUCAUCAUAUGGUUUUGUGGACUACUUUGAUAGAAGAUCUGCUGCCCUUGCCAUUGUGACUCUCAAUGGAAGGCAUUUGUUUGGACAACCAAUCAAAGUCAACUGGGCGUAUGCUAGUAGUCAGAGAGAGGACACAUCUGGGCACUUUAAUAUAUUUGUUGGUGAUUUGAGCCCAGAGGUUACAGAUGCGACAUUGUUUGCUUGCUUCUCUGUCUAUUCAAGUUGUUCAGAUGCAAGGGUCAUGUGGGAUCAAAAGACUGGGCGUUCCAGAGGAUUUGGUUUUGUCUCGUUUCGUAAUCAGCAGGAUGCUCAGAGUGCAAUAAAUGAUUUGAAUGGAAAGUGGCUUGGAAGUCGUCAAAUACGUUGUAACUGGGCGGCGAAGGGUGCUAAUUCUAAUGAUGAUAAACAGAGUGAUGCCAAAAGUGUGGUUGAGCUAACAACUGGAACAUCAGAUGAUGGUCAAGAGAGGAAUAGUGAUGAUGCUCCAGAGAACAAUCCCCAAUAUACAACUGUUUAUGUUGGCAAUCUUGCUCCUGAGGUUACUUCACCUGAUCUGCAUCGUCAUUUUCAUUCCCUUGGUGCUGGGGUCAUAGAAGAUGUGCGGGUGCAACGCGAUAAAGGUUUUGGGUUUGUUAGGUACAGCACACAUGCUGAAGCUGCACUGGCCAUACAGAUGGGAAAUGCUCGCAUUCUCUGUGGUAAACCAAUCAAGUGCUCGUGGGGUAACAAACCAACUCCACCGGGAACAAGUUCCGUUCCCCUUCCACCACCGGUUGCUGCACAUAUACCAGGUUUUUCAGCCGCUGAACUGGCUGCUUAUGAGCGACAGAUGGCUCUAAGCAAGAUGGCAGGCAUGCAAGCCCUUAUGCACCCUCAGAGUCAACACAUGCUCAAACAGGCAGCCAUGGGAAUGGGUGCUGCUGGAGCCAGUCAGGCAAUCUAUGAUGGCGGGUUUCCGAGUGUCGCAACGACCCAGCAGCUCAUGUAUUACCAUUAGAUUAUGAAAUGUGAUUUUUCCCUGCUGUAUAAUGAUCCGGAAGCAGUAAUAAGUCUCGGAAGAACAAAGAAAUGUUCUGCGUUUUACUUUGUUAAUACCGUACUUGCUCUUUGUAGGAUUCAGAUUGCUUAACUUAUGCUUCGCCAUGGUUGGUCGACUGUUGUGAUCAUCGCUGCUAUUAACUCUGGCUUUGGCAGUUUAAAUUUAUAUAGUUAAAAUGCGUGCAACUUCCAAGUAAACUUUUACUAUGAUUCGCUGUUAA